AUGAAGGUGUUUCUGUCUCUUCUGUUGGUUGCCUUCGCUUGCAUGGAGUUCGCGCAAACCUUGCAAUGUUACACUUGCCAUGAACCUACCGCAGCUGAUAAGUGCCUGACCAUCCAGAACUGCACAAAGAAUGAAACCAUGUGCAAGACUACUAUGUAUUCCCUGGAGGAAUCUUAUCCCUUUGUGGGAGUCUUCACUGUCACCAGGAUGUGCUCUUCCAUCUGCAUCCCAUCCGAUGUGGAUGGGAUUGGCAUGACGCACCCCGUCUCCUGCUGUUACUCUGACUUGUGCAACAUUGAUGGUGCAGCUAGUUUGAGGAUCAGCUUUGUGCCGGUUGGAAUGCUAGCAAGUGCUGUUUGUGCCGUGUUCUGGGCUAGACAGUGA